UUGGCAAUUGAGCGUCUGUGUUCGUUUCUUCUUCAACAAAAAGUGUAAACUCAAACAACUUCCAUUUAAAAAUUUGUUAAUUUUCCCGUGUGGAAUCAAUUAAAUAUCAAUUCAAGAGAAAUGGCAGCCCGAGCACCUAAAGUCCAGAAAGUGAUGGUUCAACCCAUCAACUUGAUUUUCAGAUACCUUCAAACAAGAUCAAGAGUAGACAUUUGGCUUUAUGAGAACAUCAACAUGCACAUGGAAGGGCACAUUGUUGGAUUUGAUGAGUACAUGAACAUUGUUCUCGAUGAUGCAGAGGAAGUCUAUGUCAAAACAAAUGUCAGAAAACAGAUUGGACGGGUGUUGCUGAAAGGUGACAAUAUUACUCUUAUCCAAAAUGCUGCAGGAAGUGGGGAUGACUAAUCUUCCUAUAUUAAUUGGCCAGAAUGCAUUCCCAUUUUGUGUUCUGUCGUGUAUUACCUUUGAUUAACGGGGAACUGAUUUUGUGUACAUCCAAUCUUGAUGUGCAGACUGAUAAGAAAAACAUGAUGCUACAACCAC